AUGAUAAUUUAUGCAAGUUCCCUGCUGGUGCUUUUUUACGCACUCUACCAAAAUGUUUCCUCUGGAAUACCCAUAAAUGGGGAAAGGAAAAUAGACAACCACAAGGAGGCCGAAGAGUUUAACGUGGAUGAUAUCAAUUCGUGGAUGAAGUUAGAGGAUGCAAAUUUUUUAAACACGUGGACGAAAAAUGUGUCAGAUAUAUCCUUCAUGGAAAGUGAAGCCAUCAAAGAAACGGGUAGUGUGAACGGAGAUGCGUCCUCUACCGGAUCGGCAAAAGAGUCCUACGGAGAUUGGGGCUUCAUGGCCAACAAGAACGAAGAAAAUAAAAAGAGCAAGCCCAAAUCGAACUCCGGAGAAUCCGACACCAGCUCUUCCGACGGAAAAUCGAGCAAGUCAAGCAAAUCAGGACACAAAUCUGGAGGCAGCUCACGUUCAGAAUAUUCGGCCUAUGACAAUGGAAUGUCAUCCAGUAUUGGCAACAAAGCGUUCGAAAAGGAAAUGUAUGAAUUUGCAAUUAAUCACCCCAUGGAAAAGUUGACUAAAGAAAUGGACACUUUGAAAAAUGAAUACAUAAAAAUGAAGGAAGAAGAAGAAAAAGUCUUGGAUGAGGAACAUAAAGAGAUUAAGGAGAAGAGAAAGGAAGAACGAUUAAAAAUGUUGGCAGAAUCCGACGUGGAUGAAAGCAAGUCUAAUGAAGAAGUAGAUUUUAUAAAAAAUGAUUACACAGAUACCCGCAUUCGGGGUGGAUUCACAGAAUUCCUCAGCAAUUUAAACCCAUUUAAAUCAGGACUCAAACCGAUGAAAAAGGAUAUAUCAUUGGUUACCUAUAUUCCUACAAAAAUGGCAAACAAGGAAAAAUUCAUGAAAGAUUUAGAAAUAUAUCAUAAAUAUGAACCUUACCAAAAGAGCGUUCUUCACACCUGCCCAAACAGUGUCUUCUUCUUCGACUCCAUGGAAAGCUUACGAAAAGAAUUAGAGAGGGGUCAAGAAAAGGAAGCCUUUACGAACAAAAUCUUAGAUCAUAAUAUGGAAUGCCUGAAAAUUUUCGGAUUAUUCGAUUUCGAAUUACCAGACAAUAAAACUAGAUUAGGAAAUGUGAUUGGUUCCAUUGGUACGUAUCAUAUCAGGUUGUACGAAAUUGAAAAUGAUUUGCUAAAAUAUCAACCCAGUUUAGAUUAUAUAACCCUCGCAGAUGAUUACAAGUUGGUACAAAAUGAUGUACAUACUUUAGAAAAUGUCAAUUUUUGUUUAUUAAAUCCUAAAACUUUGGAAGAUUUUCUCAAAAAAAAAGAAAUCAUGGAACUUAUGGGAGGAGAAGACCCUGUUGCGUAUGAAGAGAAAUUUACAAAAUACAUGGAAGAGUCUAUCAAUUGUCACCUCGAAUCUUUGAUAUAUGAUGAUUUGGAUUCAUCACAGGAUACUAAAAUGGUCCUGAAAACUGUGAAAUCCAAAUUAUAUUUGCUUCAAAAUGGAUUGUCUUACAAAAGCAAAAAAUUAGUCAACAAACUAUUUAACGAAAUCCAGAAAAAUCCAGACCCCCUUUUUGAAAAACUUACAUGGAUUUUUGAAUUUAUGUACCAAAUAAAGAGAAACUACACCUUUUUCGCAUUCAAAACUGUUUGUGACAAAUAUGUUUCCUUUAUUAAUAUCUACCACGCCCUCCAAGGAAUGGCUUCUUAUAUUAUGGAAUAUACUCGACUGUACGGGGCCUGCUUUAAAAAUGUAAUCAUUUACAAUGCAGUAAUAUCGGGCAUACACGAACAGAUGAAAAAUUUAAUGAAAUUAAUGCCAAGAAGUGGGUUACUCUCCGAUAUUCACUUCGAAGCGUUACUACACAAGGAGAAUAAAAAAAUCACACGAACGGAUUAUGUGCUCAAUGAUUACGAUCCUACUGUCAAAGCUUAUGCCCUUACCCAGUUGGAAAGACUACCUAUGGUUAGCGUCAUUAACAGUUUUUUCGAGGCAAAGAAAAAAGAACUAUCAAAAAUGAUUGCUCAGAUGAAGUUAGAUUUAUUUUCACUCGCAAAUGAUGACCAUAAAAUCCCAAACGACAAGGGGCCCAAUUCCAAAUUGACUGCCAAACUUAUCAGUAUAUACAAAGCGGAAAUUAAAAAGUACUUUAAGGAAAUGCGUGAUGAUUAUGUUUUCCUCAUAAAGACACGCUACAAGGGUCACUACAAAAAGAACUAUUUGCUCUACAAGCGACUGGAGUAG